UAACGGCACCAGUGUUUGUUUUGCGUUACGAAUUAAUCACAUGAAUGAAUGUGUGAUUGUUGAAUGGGAUUUACGUUGUGUAACUACGCUCGGCGUACGCAAGUAUUUUUCUGCUGAUUUUAGGGACGGAUCGAUUUUGGAUUAUGCUUGAACCAGAGCCAUGUUCAAACGAGUCGUGGUCGGUGUGUCCGGCGGGGUGGACAGCGCCGUCACAGCUUACAUGCUGAAACAGAAAGGCUUCGACGUUCGUGGUGCAUGCAUGAAAAACUGGGAUCUGAUCGACGAAGCUGGUUAUUGUUCCGGCGAGCAGGAUUGGUUGGACGCGCAGAAGCUGUGCCGCCAGCUACGCAUCCCACUCGAGCAGAUAAACUUCGUCAAAGACUAUUGGCUGGAGGUGUUCGGGAGUUUCCUCAAGGACUACGACACGGGUAUAACCCCUAACCCGGACAUCCUGUGCAAUCGCCACAUCAAGUUCAAUCUCUUCUACAAGCAUGCCCGCGAGAAGAUGGGGGCCGAUGCGAUAGCUACCGGCCAUUACGCCCGGACCAACUUUGGCCCUUUUUUGGAGAAAUACGACGAGCAUGGGCCGAUUCGAUUGCUGGCUGGCGUAGAUGACAUCAAGGAUCAGACGUUCUUCCUGUCGCAGAUAAGCGCGGAAGCGCUGCGCAGAACCAUGUUCCCGAUAGGUGCCAUGACCAAGGCACAGGUGAAGCAGUACGCGGCCGAAGUGGGACUGGAGGCGUUUGCCCGCAAGAAGGAAAGCAUGGGCAUCUGCUUUGUGGGGAAAAGAAGCUUCCAGGACUUUAUCGCUGAGUAUAUCGAUACGAAGCCGGGCGACUUCGUGGACUUUGAUACGGGGAAGGUGGUGGGGACGCAUAAAGGGCUCCACCACUGGACAGUGGGUCAGAAGGCCAAGAUCGGAGGAUGCUUGCAGCCGUAUUUUGUGUUCCAGAAAGAUGUGAAUAGGAAUGUUAUUUUUGUGGUAUCGGGGACGGAUCAUCCGUUGCUGGUGACGGAUAUGGUCUAUGUGGAGAACCCGGUGUGGAUUAAUAAGCCAGACCGACUGGCUGAUGGAGUAUUUCGUUGUCAGUUUAGGUUUCAACACACAAAACCCCUGGUGCAUUGUAGUUUGAUUGAGUCCAGUGAAGACGGGAACAGAAUGUUUGUUAAGCUUGAUGAACCGUUACGAGCGAUUACACCUGGUCAAUAUGCUGUGUUCUAUAAGGAUGAGGAAUGCUUCGGUAGUGCUAGGAUAGUGAAACCCGGUCCUUCAAUUGUGUACUGCCAACGGUAGCAUUUGGUGUGAUCAGGUUAGUCAAUUUAUAAAUAAAUGUUAUUAAUGGGUUUA